UCUCUUUAUAAAUACACACACAACAGAACUUGGAAGUAAAGAAAGAAGAGAAGCACACACAACUUUGAUAAUGGCUUUCUUUGUUUCUUCCAUCACUACUUUGUUCUCUCUUUUCACCAUCACUUGUAUUUCCAUUGUUACUCUUCCACAUUGUGAUGCUUUUCCAUUACAUUACAAUCACCACCCUUUGUUGCACCCUCACCACCAUCACCCUCACAUUGCUAGUCACAAUUACAGAGAUGCCCUCACAAAAUCUAUAAUGUUCUUUGAAGGCCAGAGGUCUGGUAAGCUCCCUCCUAACCAGAGAAUGUCUUGGAGGAGAGAUUCUGGUCUCUAUGAUGGCUCAGCUCUUCAUGUUGAUUUGGUUGGAGGGUACUAUGAUGCUGGGGACAAUGUGAAGUUUGGAUUUCCAAUGGCAUUCACCAUAACCAUGUUGUCAUGGAGUGUUCUUGAGUUUGGUGGACUAAUGAGAGGAGAGUUGCAGAAUGCAAGAGAAGCAAUUCAUUGGGGGACUGAUUAUCUUCUCAAAGCUACUGCAUAUCCAAACACCAUUUUUGUUCAGGUGGGAGAUGCUAAGAAGGACCAUGCUUGUUGGGAGAGACCAGAGGACAUGGACACACCAAGAAGUGUGUUCAAGAUUGAUGCAAACAACCCUGGUUCAGAAGUUGCUGCUGAAACUGCUGCAGCUCUUGCAGCAGCUUCCCUUGUUUUCAGAAGAAGUGACCCCAUGUACUCCAAGAUUUUGGCCAGAAGGGCCAUUAAGGUCUUCCAAUUUGCUGAUAAAUAUAGAGGAUCAUACAGCAAUGCAUUGAAGCCUGUUGUGUGCCCCUAUUAUUGCUCUUACUCUGGUUAUCAGGAUGAGUUGUUGUGGGGUGCUGCUUGGUUGCACAAGGCCACCAAGAAUCCAAUGUAUCUUAACUACAUUCAAGUCAAUGGUCAGAUCCUUGGUGCUGCAGAGUAUGAUAACACUUUUGGGUGGGAUAACAAGCAUGUUGGGGCAAGGAUACUUCUUUCCAAGGAAUUUCUUGUCCAAAAGGAGCAAUCACUCCAUGACUACAAGGGGCAUGCAGACAAUUUUGUUUGUUCCUUAAUCCCUGGGUCCUCUUCUGCUGAAUAUACCCCAGGUGGACUAUUGUUCAAAAUGAGUGAUAGCAACAUGCAAUAUGUGACAUCUACCUCUUUCUUACUGUUAGCAUAUGCCAAAUACUUGACUUCUUCACAUACAGUUGUUAACUGUGGUGGAACAACAGUAACACCAAACAUGCUCAGAAGAAUUGCCAAGAAACAGGUGGAUUACUUGCUAGGAGAUAACCCUUUGAAGAUGUCCUACAUGGUAGGGUAUGGUCCAAGGUACCCUCAAAGGAUACACCACAGAGGCUCAUCUCGACCUGAUCUUCAUGAUAGGUUCCCUGAUCAACGGUCAGAUUAUGAACAAUCUGAGCCAGCUACUUAUAUCAAUGCACCACAUGCACCACUUCUAGCUUAUCUUGCACACUCAUUUGGUCAACUCUAGAAGGAGACUAUUGUGUCCCAUUUUCGAGAAAUACUUGC